AUGUCAAACAGGCAACAAAGGAGUGAAAUGAUUGAUCGUGCUUUUAAAGCCAUCAAAGAUGGUGAUUUGAAUAAAUUGCGAGGAAUGGAUUUGCAUCCGAUUAUUAAUGAAAAGAAAAAUGGUUGUACUAUGUUAUGCGAUGCAUGUUAUUAUGGACAUUUUGAAAUUGUGAAAUUGUUGUUGAAUGUGGAUGGAAUUGAUGUCAAUUUGAAGGAUGGUGGUGUAAGUAUUAUUGAACUUAUUUUCAAAAUUCAUUCAUUUCAAAAGACUCCAUUAUUCAUUGCAUGUGAGAAAGGAGAUUUGGAAAUUGUGAAAUUGUUGUUGAGUGUGGAUGGAAUUGAUGUCAAUUUGAAGGAUGGUGGUGUAAGUAUUAUUGAACUUAUUUUCAAAAUUCAUUCAUUUCAAAAGACUCCAUUAUACAUUGCAUGUAAGAAUGGAUAUUUGGAAAUUAUGAAACUUCUUCUUGCCCACAAUGAUAUUCAAAUUGAUGAAGAUACUCAACAAGUUGCACAAAGCAACAACAUUAAUUUACAACAACUCCAAACACAAGCUCGUCAAACCGUCUCCAAUUCAAACCAUUCUUCCACAACUAUGAUCAGCAAUAACAACAAUACCAUGAGAUCACCAUCCUUAUCAUUUCUUCAGAUGUUCCAAACAAGCAAUGAAAUUCGUUCCAACAAUCCUUCCACUUCAAGUGCACCCAGAACAAGUGACAAUCUUGAUGAAUGGAAAGAAAGAAACAAGAAACUCGAAGAACAAGUGAAAUCUCUUGAAAUGAAACUCUCAAAGAUGCAAUCCGAACAUACACAACAGAGAGACCAAUGGAACCACAUGAUUUCUGAACACGAGCAAACCAUCAACACCUUGCUUAAACAAAUUUCUCAAAAUGAGACAGAUUUGAAAAGAGUUGUUGACGAGAAACAACAGCAAAUGAAGACAUUUGAAGUUGAAAUGAAAAAAUUGCAAAGUAAUCUCAAUCAAGUCGUUCAUGAGAAGAAUCAAUUGCAGCAACAGCAACAAGGAUCAGAUAUUGAUUCUUUUAUUCAACGUCUCAUGAAUGAAAUUAAGAAUGAUUCAAUUUCAAACAGUCACAUUCCUGAAGAUAUUCAAGUCAAAAGAAGCAUUGAAAAAAUUGAACAAAAGUUGAACGAAUGUGAACAAUCCUUGUCUAGAUUGGUUCUCAAUGAUCAGCAGUGUUUGGUCAUUUCUCAGUCUGAACCUACAGUUGACUAUAAUUCUGUGAAUGAACUUGUUCAAAAGAGAAACAAUCUCAGAGAUGAAUUGUCCAAAGAAUAUGAGAAGUAUAAUCGUGUGUUAAACAAGAUGACCAUUCUAGCAACGAAAAAGAAAUUAAUCGCGGCAUAUAAUGCAUCCAAGAAUGAAACGACAGACGAGGACAAGAUGUUGAGUUUAUCCAUGAGACAGUUGUCAUAUAAAUCUAUAUAUUUACAAAACCUAAUUAAGGAGAAGAAAGAAAUCGAAAAUCUCUAUCAACAGCUUAAAGAAUUAAAACUUACCAUUGGAAAGAGUGAAUCAGAAAUAGCAAAGAUUACUUUGGAUUUGCAAUAUAGUGAUGAUUUAACUGAACAUCAAUGGUCACAUCUCGAAGAAAAACAAGACAAAUUAAGAUCCAACCUCAAUACUCUCAACGACAAGUUUUCAGAGCUCAAAACUCUAUUAAUGAGCCACGUUCAGCAACAUCCUGAAGUAAUUGUGGAGCUUGACAAGAUAUUAAGCGCUUCUCAAAGAAAAUUCAAUGUCCAAAGAGCAGCUACUCCAUCUCAAAAAUUCCAAAAAUGGGCAUCUUCAAAGAAUAUCCUUCUCCAUGGAGCGUCUUUUAAACAUUACCACCAAAUCGAGUCAUUACAUAAUGGUCUCUCUAAUGCAUACUUGAUGAAGAAGGACAAUCAACAUGUGGUUCUUAAGGAAAUUGCAUUUGGUGAAUCGACUUAUCAUUUAAUCAUUAAUGAACUUACAAAUAUCAUUAGACUUGGAAAAUGUGAUCGAAUUGUGAAGGUGAAUGGUGUGUUUGUAGAACCUGGAAUGCCUCAUGUUUACAUUGAAAUGCCUUAUUACCCGAAUGGAAAUUUGAGAAAUUAUAUCAUGACUCUGAAAAGUCAUCAACCACAUGAACGUAGAGAAACAAUGAGAAGACUCAUGAGAAGUAUUGUUGAAACCAUUUAUUACAUGCACUCGAAAGAUAUUAUUCAUCGUGAUUUGAAAAGUGACAACAUUUUGGUUGACAAGAAUGGAAAUGCUGUCAUUGCUGAUUUUGGUAGUAGCAAGAAACUUCAUGCUCUCCUCACCAACAAAUCUAUUGGAAUUGGUACUGAGAAUUAUAUGGCUCCUGAAGUUCGUCAUUCAGCUCCAAAUGAAAAAUCUGACAUUUGGUCAUUGGGUGUGACCAUGUUAGAAUGUUGGUAUUAUUUAGAAAACAAAAAGCAAAGAUAUGAUCCUCGUGACUCCAUUAUUCAAUACAGUGGUGAAAAUAAGGUUCAUUUACCAACUCCUGAGGAAGAUGAUGAACAUGGAAAGUUAUUGAUGGAAAUGUUGAAUCUAAUUUUCAAUUAUGAAGAACCUCAUCAAAGACCUUCUGCCAUGGAAUUGUUGAAAGAAAAUUAUUUCACAAAAGGAUUGACUGAAAUGUUGGAACAUCAAGGAAUUCAACUCAGCACUCCAGAAUCUCGAAUUCAACAAUGGAUUCACACAUUGAAUGAAUUGAGAAAGAUUAUGAAAAAUCAGGUUGGAAAAAAUUUGACUCGAUUGACCAUUAAUCGAACUCGAUUGUUGGAGCAAAUCUCUUCCAACCUCUAUUCUAUAUUUUUCAAUUCACAACACAAUCCUACAACAUUUGACCAAUAUUUGAAACUCUACACUUCGUUUCAAGUUAAAUAUGAAAAUGAUGAAACGGGAAUGGAAAGUGGAAUUGAUCAAGGCGCCUUAACCAAUGAAUUAUUUACAAAAUAUUUCCCUGAAUGUUUGAAGAAUGAAAAGUUAUUUACACGUUCAGAAACACAGAGUGUUGAGAAUUACAUCUUGUCUUCAAGUGAAGAGAAUAUUUCUGAAGAAGAAGAACAAAUGUUGGUUGUUUUCGGAUUUUUAUUGAAGAAGGUCUUGUUGGAAUGUGAUGAAAGAUCCUUGUAUUUACCAAUCAAUGAUUUCAUUCUCAAAUAUUUGAUUUAUGAUGCGAGUAUUUCCAAUGAUGUGACUAUUGAUGAAUCGAAUAGAGAUAGAGAAUUGUUGAUUGUCACUUGUCAACUCAAGAAACCAUUGAAAGAUCAAAUCUCUUAUUGGAAACAUUUUGUUUCUCAAUAUGAUUCUCAAUGUUGUGAAAACAUUUUAGAAAUGAAAAGAUAUACUUCCAAUGAGGACUUGCAAUUCAUUGAAGAAUCAUUCAGCAAUGACUUGUUUUACUCUCCAAAUUCUCAAAGUAUUGACAAGAAAGAAAUGGCAGUGAAUAUGGAACAUGUUGAUGAAUAUAUUAUUCAUUCGUUGAGAAAGACUCUCUUCUCACCCAUUCAAAGAAGAAAAUUGAAACUAAUUUCAAAAGGAUUUCAAUGGUAUUCGAUUCAACAGUUGAGGAAUGUGGUUUCAAAUUCUUCACAACAACAAGUCAAAUCUUUACUCACUCAAAAUAAGGAUUGGUUCAUGGAAAGCAAAUUGACAGUGAUGGAAUUGAAAUUAUUAUUGAAUGGUCAAUCUUAUAUCGAUGCUUCCAUGUUAUUGAAUGAAAUGGACUUCUCACAACUCUCUCCACAAAUUGAAGAAAACUUCAGAAAAGUUAUUCAAACUCUCAAUGUGACUCAAUUAAGACAAUUAUUGAUUUGGAUGACUUCAUUGUCAAGUAUUCCAUUGAUGGGACUUCCAAAGAAGAUUGUAUUGAAAGAAUCUAACAAGUUUGCUUCUCAUGCUUGUAUCACUGUGUUGCAUUUUGAAGUGUUGAAUGAGAAAGAUUAUGAAGAGUUUAGUUCUCAAUUUUUGAACAUGUUGAAAUGGUCUGAAGAUGCCACUCAAGAAGAUAGAUAA